UUGCGUGAUUCCUCAGUAAUUGGUUGAGUGAAAACCCAGCACCAGCAGUUGGGGCAGUGACUGUCAGUGAGUGCAUUGCUCCUCAGACUCAGCUGUGGGAGAAGCGUUCGGUUAGGAUAAAAGCUUUCUGUUAUGCUGUGGGUAAUUCCGCUGCCUUUUGAAUUACUUUCUUUCCUGCCCGAGGGAUUCACAGUUACGAUGCAAGACAGACAGAUUCCAGUCCUAAAGUGAUUGACCAGGUGGGGUCCAAAGUGCUAUUUUUGCACGAAAACAAGAGCUGGAUUUCUGUGCCGAUAGGUCUUCAAGCAUUUCUGAAAUACGUAUUUAUAACUGGCUUCCAUGUCUGCACGAGGAGUCCCAGACUUAAUCAGCUGAGGUAACGGAUAUUCAGCGCUCGCCACUUUCCUGACGUUUAGAUCGUCACCACUAGGUCUAGAGAACAGUCCCAGUUAAGCAACACACAUCAAAGUUGCUGGUGAACGCAGCAGGCCAAGCAGCAUCUCUAGGAAGAGGCGCAGUCGACGUUUCAGGCCGAGACCCCUCGUCAGGACUAACUGAAGGAAGAGAGGAAACUGGAGCACCUGGAGGAAAUCCAUGUGGUCAGAGGAAGAAUGUACAUACUCCUUACAGACAGCACUGUAAUCACAUCACACUCAUUGCUACUCUACUGUACCAUUUUGAAUUAGAUUGUAAAAAGUGGGCACCAUCACUUGUGUUGCUCAACUAGGCACCACCUGUCAAUAUUGGAACAGUUUCUUGUUCCUGUUCUUGAUAUAUUAUUUUUAUCUGAUAAUCAGUUCUCAGUCUUGUCUCCAAUUUCAUCUUGUUGGUCUUUUGUGUAGCAUUUGCGUAAUGCCUUUUGAAAGUCCAAGAAAACCAGGUCCACUUGUUUCCCACAUAACAAAUCCUCAACUUGUUUCCUCAAAGAACCAUUUAACAUGGAACAGCACAGUACAGGCCCUUUAGCCCACUAUGUUGUUCCAACCCUUAAGCUAAUGCAAGAUCAAUCUAACCCUUCCCACCCAGAUAGCCCUCCAUUUCUUAUGAUAUACAUACAUAUUUAAGAGUCUCUUAAAUGCCCCUAAUGUAUCUACUUUGACCAGUACUCUCACACGUGUGUUCCAUGCACCCACCACUCUCUGUGUAACAAAGGGAACUUAUCACUGACAUCCCCCAUAUAUUUUCUUCCAGUCACCUUAAAAGUAUAUUCUUUCUUAUUAUCCAUUGUCACCCUGGCACUGGCUGUCAACUUGAUCAAUAUCUUUUAUCAUCUUCUACACAUCUCAUCCUCCUUUUCUCCAAAGAGGAAAUCCCUUGCUUGCUCAACCUCUCCUCUUAAGACAUGCUCUCCAAACCAGGCAGCAUCCUGAUGAAACAGAUCGCCAUGUCCCGAAAGCCACGAUCUUGACUCAUGGAAGAACCAUGUUAAUGCACUAUAGGCACUUAAGGAGUUGGUCAGACAGCCCCAAGGUGUUCGGUGACAUCAUGGCUGUUCUUUUCCUGUGAUGCCAUUUUCCAGCAUUAUACUCAAAUUGCUUAAUUCCUCUAAUAAUUAGAAAUCUGUGAUCUAUGUUUUGAAUAUUAUUGGGGCAGAAUUAGGCCAUUGGGCCUGUCGAGUCAGCUCCACCAUUUUUUCACGGCUGAUCCAAUUUUCUUCUCAGCCCCAAACACCUGCCUGCCCUAUGUAUCACUUCAUGCCCUGACCAAUCAAGAAUCUUUCAACAUCUGCCUUAAAUAUACUUUCCAUAAAGACUCUGCCUUCACAGCUGCUUGUGGAAGAGAAUUCUGCAGAUUCACCACUCUCUGAUGACAGAAAUUCAUCCUCCUAUCCAGAUGUCUCUCUAUUCUGAGGCUGUGUCCUCUGGUCUUAGACUUUCCCACCAUAGGAAACAUCCUCCCCACAUCCACUCUAUCAAGGCCUUUCACCAUUUGAUAGUUUUCAAUGAGGUCACCCCUCAUUCUUCUGAAUUCUAGUGAAUCCAGGCCCAGAGCCAUCAUACACUCUUCAUGUGAUAAGCCAUUCAAUCCUGGAAUCAUUUUUGUGAACCUCCUUGGAACCCUGUCCAGUUUCAGCACAUCCUUUCUGAUCUAAGGGGCCUAAACCUGCUCACAAUUCUCCAAGUGAGGGCUCACCAGUGCUUUAUGAAGUCUUAACAUUACACCCUUGAUUUUAUAUUCUCAUCCUCUUGAAACGAAUGCUAACAUUGCAUCUACCUUUUUCACCACAGACUCAAAUUGCAAAUUAACCUUCAGGGAAUCCUGCACAAGGACUCCCAAGUCCCUCUGUGCCUCAGUUUUUUGUAUUUCCUCUCCAUUUAGAAAAUAGUCAAUUCUUUCAUUUCUUAUUACAAUAUUCUCAAUGAUUGAGUCUUCACAGUCACUCUGGAAAAGACAUAUGAUUAAUUCUAGAUUGAUCAAGCUUAUGUUACUUUUCGUAAAUCCGCCUGGGUAGAAAUCCAAUCUGUUCUUUGAGGUUCUAAUAAGUGAAUCAGCUGAUGAUGCGUUUUGGGUCUUCCAGAAGGUUGCAACACAAGAGAGUCAAAGGAAAUGGAUGACAUUUGGGUUCGGUGGUUGUACCUAGUUGGUGUCACAGGGAUUACUGUUGACGUCCCAGCUGUGGACUUCCUACUAUUCAGGACAUUUACAGAGACAGAUUUACAGAAAGGUGAUUAUGCAUUGGAGUAAUGCAACUUUCCAGAAUGGAUCCAGCUGGAAGACCAAUGACUUUUGUCUUCUGCCUACAUCGUCUGCUCUUCUUCACACUUGUCCUGCUGACAGUGUUUCUAGUGUAUAUCAACUUUCCCAAUGUGAAGUUGAAUAUGUACACAGCUUCUCGAUCAGACCUCCAAUGGAACAGAUGGCCACCUCCAAAGUUUUAUUCCACAAUACAGCAAGGAGUGGAAAUGCGGGAGACUGAUUGGGUACACAGGCUGAUGCAGUAUGGUUAUCAGAAUCACAGCUUCACCCCAGAAGAAAGACUGGAGGGUUCAGUGCUGUUGAAACUAAUCGAAUGGCCAAAGCCUCCCAACCCUGCUGUGCCCUUUCUGAAAAGCAGUGACCCGUCGCGUACUCGCUUUGUUAUUUUAAAUUCUGGAAAGACUUUCUACGUUGGCGAUACACUGCAAGUGAUGCUUCGCAUGUACGAUUAUGAAGGAAAUCCAAAGCAAUAUGGGGGUGAUUACAUCCUUGCCCGGAUCCACAGCCCAGAGUUAAAGGCUGGUUCAGUGGGAACAGUUAUAGACAACCAAAAUGGAUUUUAUUAUAUAAACUUUAACUUAUCCUGGCCGGGAAAAGUCCAAGUGUCUGUUUCCUUGGUUCAUCCCAGUGAAGUGAUCCAAGUACUUACGAGACUACGUGAGGAACGGCUGGAUAGGGUAACUUUUAAAAGUGCCUUCAGAUUUGGGACUACCUCAGAGACCACCAUGUGCAAUCUUUACUUGACUGAAACAAAGCCACUCUGUAAUUUCACUGAUCUCAGGACUGGGGAGCCUUGGUUCUGUUACAAACCUGCAAAGCUUCCUUGCUCUUCUCGCAUCAACCAUGCGAAAGGAGCGUAUGUGAAAGGCCUUUUGAAAGAAGAUGAGGCAAUUUAUUUCAACAGGGAAUCCAACAUCAUCAAGAAGGCCUUAUUACCCAAUAUCCCAGGUUACAUAACAGUCAAGCCAUCCCCUCAUGCAGGGAAAGUGGGAGUUGGAGCUUCCCGAGAAUGUACCCGGGGAAAGCCAAUGUUAUCGCCUUCUGGCUAUUAUUAUAAUGACCAGUGGAUAUCAACAGCCUGCAAUAUCUGUCGCUUUGACACUCCUGCAAAAAUUACAAACUGUCUUCAUGGGAAAAAAGUUUAUUUAUUUGGAGAUUCCACAAUACGUCAGUGGUUUGAAUAUUUAACUUCAUUUGUGCCAGGUCUGAAGAAGCUGGAUCUUGGCAACCUUGAGAAGAUUGGCCCUCACCUUGCAGUUGACACAGAAAACAAUAUCAUUGUGAGCUAUCGUCCCCAUGGCCCGCCAAUCCGGUUCAACACCGUGUCAAGCCAGGAUCUACGUUAUAUUUCCAACGAGCUGGAUGGAAUUAAAGGAGGGAAAGACACAGUGAUAGGCAUCACCUUAUGGUCCCAUUUCAGCACCUUCCCGGUAGAAGUGUACAUCCGAAGGCUACAGACUAUCCGGAGAUCCAUUCUACAGCUCUUGGGCAGGAAUCCAGAUACUGUGAUUGCAAUGAAGACUGCUAAUGUCCAGCAUCUUCCGGGUGAAGUCAGUCUUUACAACAGUGACUGGUUCUCUCAUCAGUUCGAUGUGGUGAUGAGAAACAUGUUCACAGGCAUCAAUGUGGCAUUUGUGGAUGCAUGGGAAAUGACAGUAGCCCACUACCUGCCACAUGAGCUGCACCCCCAACCAAUCAUUGUCAAGAAUCAAAUUGAUGUGCUUCUUUCGUAUGUCUGUCCUAGAAAUAAAUAAGUACUUGGAUCGAAGCCAAGCAAAUCAUGUGAUCCUACCAUCAGUCUCAUCUUCCCUUCUUGCCCCUCUUCUUUUUCCCUGCAAGGACCUCCCUCUCGCCCUCGCCCUCUCCCUCUCUCUCUGUGUGACUGCCCCCCCCACCCCCCCCACCAACCUGGUCUGCUCAUUCCUUACCAAUGGCACUUUACCUUGCAGAUAUAGAAAGUCAUGACCUGUCCCAUCAUCACUUCCCUCACUACAUCCAGGCUCCUUCACAGCAGGGAUUUGGCUAAAUCUCUUCCAGAUUGGUCUACUGCGCUUCACGCCCAGGACGUGGCCUCUUUCACACUGGUGAAACUGAGUGUAGACUUACUGAUCACGUUGUGGAGCACUGGCAAUCUGUCCGCAAGCAGCCUUCCUGAGUUUCUGGUUGUUCAGCACACAGUGCAGGGGGGCACCCAUCUGGAUGAUGGGGAAGGAGGAGCGGUUGUGCAUCCUGGCUCUUUGAGGCCUGUUGGUUAGGAAGUCCAACACCCAGUUGCACAGUGGUGUAUUUAGACUGAGCAGCAGGAGUUUGUUCACCAAGGUUGGUGGGACAAUAGUGUUGAAUACCAAACUGAAAUCCAGACACAGCAUUCUGAUACGAGUGUCCUUGUUUACUAGGUGUACCAGGGCCAGGUGCACGACAGAUGCGCUGGCAUCUGUUGUAGCGUUUCUGUUGGUCAGAAUAUUGCUGAGUGUCCACUGCGGCAGGAAUGGAAUUUUUAUGUGCCAUUACAAAGCACUUCAUGAUGAUUGGCAUCCGUGCCAUUGGGUGGCGAUGAUUUAGUUCUGAAGAUGUAGAGUUCCUUGAUACGGGGAUGAUGGUGGCUGAUUUGAAGCAUGUGAGACAGCAGCCUGAAUGAGUGAAGUGUGGAAGAUGUCCAUGAAGACAUCAGUGAGUUGGUGGGCAGACAGCCUGAGUAUUCGACCUAGGAUGUUGUCUAGCCUGGCUUAUUUAUGGGGUUGACUCUCUGCAGAAAAAGUGAAUUGUCUUUAAAAGUGUAAUUUUGAGAUGACUUUUUAUUUUCUAAAUGCUAUUUUUAUUUUCUAAACGAAUAAAUUUUAAAAUGACUUUAUUAUGACAUUAUUCAUUGUGAUUGCGGUUAAAUGCAUUUUUGCAUGCUGACGUAUACAGUUGCCUAU